CCCGGGGUUGGAGAGUGGGGCUAAACCCCUGCUGCUCAAAGACCAGACCAAGAUCAACAGACUUGAGAAACAAGCUGAGGAAUUUUUUAAUGCAGUCCUCUACAAAGAAGAUGUGCCCAGCUUCUCGGACCCGCACAUUCCAGUAGUGGCUCUGGAGAUAAUGCAGAGGAUGAUCCGCCAGUUUGCUGCAGAAUAUACCUCAAAAAGCAGUUCCUCUACUCCGGACAGCCGCUCCACUCCCAGGCCUGGUCCCCACCCAGACCAAAGCCUGCCUCCUCCCCCCUCGCUGCCCACGGUGCCCCCAGCUGCCAGCCCUGGUGGUACUGCGACCGCCUCCGUGCCCAGCCAGAACCCCGUCCUCUCCAAGCUGCUGAUGGCCGACCAGGACUUGCCUCUCGACCUCACUGUCAAGAAGCCUCUGCCACAGCCUGUAGAACAAGAUGGAGUCCUGGACCUGUCACUCAAAAAGGGACGGGCCAAAAGCAGCACGUCAUCGCUCCGCAGCCCUCAUCUUUCCCAGACGUCCACUCUUAGAGGGCGUUCCCUGAGUGCUGACGGACAGGCCGGGCUGCCUAUGUGGAGCCUGCAGGAUGGGAGGAGGGAGAAUUUCAGCCACUCUGUCCCUGUAAAGCCCCCCUCACCUCUAUGUCACGCCCUGCACAUCAAACAGGAAGUGAACCUAUAUUCCAGAACAGAGUUUUCUCCCAACCAGAACCAGAUGUCCAGACCCUUCGACCACCUCUCUCUCCUUUCCAGUUACGGCUCUCCGCCCUGGGCCUCCAAGAUCCACUCCGGAGCCCUCCUGAAGCUCCGGGCCAACAGCAGAGCUGGGGACCACCUCAAAGACCUACCCAGCUUGCUGGAGGCCGCAGGGCUCUUCACCAAGUCGCCCUCCUGUGGGAAGGCAAUCAUCCAGGAGGCCCCCAGAGACCAGGGCCCCUCUCUUUCCCACUCCCCGACCGUUGACCUCAAAAUCCCCCAGGUGAGAGGCCUUGGAGGCCUGGGGGUGGACUUCUGCUUGGGCUCCCUGAGCUCUGAUCCCUACAGCCUCCCCAGCUACCACUUUGAGAACAGCUUGGGGAAGAGGCAGAGGUCCAUCCUGCCCAAACACAGCCGCCGGGGAAGCAGUGGAGGAGAGAGGGACUACUGGGCUUCAUCCGAUGCAGACCGCCCUGCCUCUGGGGGGCAGUAUCCUACCUCUGACCCCGAGGCAGACCUCAGCAACAAGCAGCUGAGGAAAAAGAGGGGACGAUACCGUCAGUACAACACAGAGCUGCUAGAGGAGGCUAUCGGAGUGGUGAUGGGGGGGAAGAUGAGCGUGUCCAAGGCUCAGACUGUCUACGGGAUCCCUCACAGCACUCUGGAGUAUAAAGUCAAGGAGCGCCUUGGCACCCUGAAACAUCCACCCAAGAAGAAGCUGAAGCUGAUGAGCCGCAUGGAGGAACCGGAGGAUACGGAGGCCCCAGAGAGCCAAGAAGCUCUGGAUGCGACCAUGGACCUCCAGUCUGUGUCAGCAUCCGGAGAGAAUGGCAGGCAGCUGCUCAGUACAGGCCUCUCCCCAGACGAGUAAAGUCACGACUGAAAGAGAUUCAGUACUUGAUGAUAUGUGAUGUUUUAUCCCAGACCAGGUAAUCGUUUGCAUUUGCCAGGCAGUGGCAAUGACAGAGGAGUCUUUCAGGGGAGGCUGCUGAGGGGAGGAUGGCUCAUAAUAAUGUUUGGAACAGAGCAAAUGAAAUGGCAUCAAUCCAUGUGUUUAACACCAUUCCGCUCCAGCCAUUACCACAAGCCUGUCCUCCCCAAUUAGGGUGCCACCAACCACCUGUGGAGUCUAUAUAGCUAGUACACAAUUGAUCAGUUAGGUAUGUUGAUUUAUUCCAAAUGCACUUCUACUUACUGUGAUCAACCCCGUGAAUCAAUCUGACCUAUUCAUCUGAGCGGUUUAAUUGUUUUAAAGCCUACUAUAAGUAGCUGUUGUCUAAAUCAAUCAAACACUAAAUUGUCUCUGCACUCUUUUAGAUUGCCCCUCGACGUUGUCCUAGACAUUGUUGAAACACUCCAUAUUGAAAUAUGUUUUGGGAGUGUUUUGUAAAGCUUGUUUGUACUGUAUAAGGAUAUCAUACAAUAUUUUAAUGGUUCAUCCUGAAAAUGCUUUAGAUACGGUGCUAACAUAAUCUAAUAUUUUUACUAAUUGACUAAUAUAAUGUGUGAUGUGUUGGCAAAAUUGCAAUUGGACCAAGCCCAAUUGUCUGCACAGAGUUUUAUAUUGAUCAGUGGCGCCCCUUACUGUCCUCUAGGAGUACUCUAGUUAUUACAGCACUUCGGGUUGAACCAACGGUCUCCAACCCAGGUCCUGUAGAACUACAGGAAAUGUAUGGUCUUAUUGGAGGCCAGCUGAAAAAGCCUGCAGACCUUGUAGCACCAAGGUUGGAGACAUUUGGGUUGGAUACACCAACCUCAUUUCUUUGUUUGGGUCAUAAAGAUGACGCAUGCUCAGCCCUCGACAUGUACAAUCAAGGCUUAUUUGUAUUUGAAACUCUAUUCAUAUUUGAUCACCUAAAUGGGGGUUUAUAAUGUUUAUUUUACUUUGUGAGCUUAAAGUCAAACACUGGUUGACAAUCUCUUUCCCUGUCACUGUUCAGCAAAUGCACACCUGAGAUCGAAUAGACCAAACUACAGCAGAAAGAAUAUGUGGUUGCAAAGAUGCACGCAACCAUUGAAUACUACUGAAAAUCUCAAUGUGAGGUUGUAUGUUUUUGUUUGUUGGGAGAACAGAUUCCCCUGUCUGCAAUUUCACCUCCUCCUCAGUUACCAACCAAACCUCAGCUAUGGACGUGUUGGUUGUUUAGCUACAAAAUCACUAUGGAGAAACUGGUUUGGCCUAGAUUGUUGACACGUAAACUAUAUUUUGUCUCAAAUGUGUAUUGAAACGUACAUUUGCACAAUGAGCACUUUUCUCUGAAAUACAUGUCAGUUGUUGGUUAGCUAGUGAAUUUUGGCUAUAUUAGCAUAGAUGUGACAUCAGCCAAAACACCUCAAAACGAGACAUUGUUUCAAAGAGAUCAAACUAGCUAAAACACGCCACCCACAAUUCCCCAUGUGGCACUUUCUUGUCAUUGUUGCUAGCAGUCUGGCCAUCCAGAAUCACAACAACACACUUCUGCCUCAUUGAAGCCUGCACAUUGUUUUUGUGACACAAGCUAACCAUUUAUACUCUCCAAAAGCACGCCAGAUUUACAACCACUCAGAUAUGUCGCUAUCCGCUGUGUAGUGUGACUGGGACAUUUCUUUACCUGUGUUCACCCGUAGCCUUCACCACAACUCAGGAUAAUGUUUGUGUGGGGCUGCAGUACUUGUGUGAAUGUGUAUAUUUCUAUCUUUAUCAGAAAUGUAUAUACUAUGUUAGAUAUCUAUACACAAACAUACCUCACUCAGAUGUAUAUCUCCUACUUAUUUCCAUGCCUCUUGUAUCUUACUCAGAAUCAUCUGAAAAAGGGUAAAUCUCAUUUUUUAGUCUGCGAACAGACACUUCUGGGAUGUCUUACCAUUGACUGAUAAAUAUAUGCACCCGACUCUUAUCAGGUGUUCUCACAACUUACCUUAACCGAGCAUUUGUUUACCAGUUUGAGCCUCCUGGACUUUUAAAUCUGUGCUGCAGUUAGCACAACAAACUUCAGGUGUGAAGUCGGGUAGUUUCGUUACCUCUAGGGAUGACUGUCCCUGCCUAACAGAAGAAGGCAAGGACAAGGGACAGGUGGAAAUGUUUGUUCUUAAAACAUUUAAAAGAAAUCUUAACUAUGUAUUUAAAGAUUGGUUUUAUUCACGUGUUAGAUUGCAGCUUUAAGGUGUAGUAAAUUGAGUCUCAACAAAGGUUUCGCCAUGUGGUGCAUAGCACUAAGGAAAUUCUUUGGAGAAGUGUAGAAUAUGCUGAAGCAUAGAUACUUUGCCCAUUGCAGUUUUAACAUGACGUUUUUAGAGAACAUCAUAUAAUUCAAUGGAUGCCGUAUUUGCUCCUCCUUGGUGAUACCGACCAAUAACAAUUUAUGGAAAUCUCAGAAUUGUACACAAUGUUUACUUAUCUAAUUCUACAAUCAGAACUAGAAUCCAAAUACUCAUCGUGACUAGAACGCUCGGAAGCAGCAACAUGGCGUCCCGCUGUGAAUUUGGCAAAACUACUGUGAGUACUACUUACCCUAUCAACAGUUAUACCUCAGGACAAUUCAGAAUACUAGAUCAAGCCCCAAUUGUCCUUGUAUAAGGUUUCUAUUACAGUGCUGGUUUUAAUACAGUCAUCAGACAGCUUGUAUUACUACAGUUCUAGGGAAAUCUUUAUAGUU